AUGAAAUCAAGUCUCCGAGCAAUAGUGGACAUUGGCUCCAACGGUAUCCGGUUCAGCAUCUCGUCCGUCAGCCCCAACCACGCCCGCAUCAUCCCCUGUCUCUAUCUCGAUCGCGCCCCCAUCAAUCUUUUUGACGACUCUCCACCUCCCACAGAAACAGAAGAGGAUGAAAACGACGGCCAAAGCUCCGUCAACACAAAUACAGGGCCACCGGCGCCCGCUCCAGGCCACACCUCCAGAUCUAUCCCCAAGCACGUGGUUGUGGACGUCUGUCAGUCCAUGCUCCGGUUCAAAAACACCUGUGCAGACUUUGGAGUAGGAGAAGAUUACAUUGACGUGCUAGCUACCGAAGCCGUGGCGGAGGCGCCCAAUGGAGAAGAGUUCCGGGCCAUGGUCAAGGAAACUGUCGGCUGGGACGUCCAGAUCAUGUCUCUCAGAGACGAGGCACUCUACGAAGCCUACGGAGUCGCAUCGGCAUUCUUCCACGUCAACGGACUCUACAUGGAUCUCGGAGGCGGCUCGGCCGUGAUCUCGUGGAUGGUAUGUGAGAACGGAAAGUUCUCCCUGUGCAGAGAUCCCGUCAAACUUCCAUAUGGCGCUGCCGCCAUCACCCGACGUCUCAUGGUUAAUAGAGAAGAUCCUACCGACCUGUACAAUGAAAUGGAGGCUGCUCUUAAGCACGCCGUAGACCAUAUCACACAGGACGACAGCUCUCCUUUGCUUCAAUCCAUGCAUAAAUAUGCCAAACAGACUGGAGGAUACAAGCUGUACGUUUCGGGAGGAGGUUUCCGAGGUCUGGGGCACCUCCUACUGUCCCAAUCGGGCCAAUACCCUCUCCCUGUCAUCAAUGGCUUCUCUACCACCGGUCACGCCAUCCGUGAGCUUUCCCAGAGCCUUAAGUCGGAGGUUAUGGAGCUGUACGAACAAUCUGAGCCCCCUUCACUGGCUACUUCUGCCCAGAACUCUGCCAGCGCCUCAAACACUCACACCCCGGCUUCCUCGCCGCCGCCACAGCCUGCAGAUUUGCAGAAAAUCUUUGCCCGAAAGAAGAAGAACUUCCGAAUCUCCUCUCGACGAGCCUCCCAGAUUCCGGCUGUGUCGCUUUUCAUUUCGGCUGCGGUGGCUGCAUUCCCCCGGAUCAGAAAGAUUCUCUUUUCCCAGGGUGGUAUUCGUGAGGGCGUCCUCUUUGCCAAGAUGACUGAGUCCAUUCGAAACCUGGACCCCGUCAUAGUCGCUACUUCUCCUUAUGCUGGUCUGUUGGCCCCCUCUUACGCCAAGGUUCUCACAGGCUGCAUUCCUCCUGCUGCUCCUCAGCUCAUUACUCAGCGACUGGUUGGAGCGCUCUGUAACACCAUUUUUGUCCACUCCUCGUACCCCAAGGAGGUGCAACCCUUCAUUGCUCUGCAGGUUGCAUCUUCGGGCGUCAUUUCUGGCGCUCACGGUCUCAGCCAUGAGAUAAGAGCCCUUCUGGGACUCUCUCUCUGUCAUCGAUGGGGUGGUGAUUUGGCUGACAAGACUUUCUACAACUCCCUGGUAGACAUUGUGCAGCCCAAGGAUCUCUGCUGGUGGGCCUGUUUCUGUGGAGCUAUCAUGCAUGUGGUUUGUGGAGUCUACCCCGGUGGGAACAUUAAGGGAUACCCCUUCGAGAUCACCGUGUCGGACGUGUGGGAAUCUGCCGCAACUAACGAGUCCAACUCAUCACCAAUUCCUUCCUUUGGCUUUGAGCUAACCAUCAGAGCCAGCAAGUCACAUCCUAACCUGGCUGCCCCCAGUGUGAGAAACCGAAUCAACGGUCUUGGAAAGCGAAUGAAGCGUCUUCGAAAGGAGUUUGGGGGAAGAAAAGUGGAAGUUGUGGUGGAAUGGUAUUAA